GGCAUGGGCAUGCAGCAACAGCAGCAGCAACCCCCCGCGGCGGCUGCUGCUGGCGGCUCCGCUGCCGCUGCUGCUGCUGCCGGCAAGCCGGGCGGCUCCAAGGGGCAGCAGCCGGGCGGUAAGAAGAAGGUGCUGCUGCGGGAGGCGGGCGGGGAGAAGUGGGUGGACCCCAGCCUGAACGAGUGGCCGGAGAACGACUUCCGCAUCUUCGUGGGCGACCUGGGUAACGAGGUGACGGACGACCUGCUGGCCAAGUCCUUCUCCAAGUACUCCUCAUUCGCAAAGGCCAAGAUCGUACGCGACUCCCGCACCAAGAAGAGCAAGGGCUACGGCUUCGUGAGCUUCCUGGACGGUAAUGACUUCGCCAAGGCGCUGCGUGAGAUGAACGGCAAGUACAUCGGCAACCGGCCCUGCAAGCUGAGCAAGAGCAGCUGGGAGGAGCGCACGGUACGCAAGGUGAACAUGCGGGAGCCGCAGGCCAAGAAGCAGAAGCGGUGAUGCGGAGGAGGAGGAGGGCGAGGAGGGGAAGGAAGGAAGAGAGGGGUUGAGAGGCGGUGCGGAGGGUCGACUUGGAUUGAGAGAGAAGGAUGUUGUGCAAGGGGAUGUGUUUGUUCGGAGGGUUGAAGCCAUGUUAGGCUGCAACUGGGCGGCCAAGCAGGUGUCUUGGUUGGGAGAGGUUGAGGCUGCGGAGGAGGAUGCUGGGUCUGGCAGGGUCAGGAGGAAUGGUGCGGCAUCCAAGGAUGGGCGGACAGCUUCCAGCUGUGGUGGUGCUGGAUUGCUUGGCAGGUGCUCAUGGCAUACGGUACCUGUAUGCUCACACACGUGCAGCGAAGCACACGGCUCAGUGAAGUUCGCUGUGGGCUUGUUACAAGGAAGAACAGGCGCCAUGUGAGACAUGUCGCUGACCGCUUGUGAGGCACGUGAGCAGUGUACGACCCUGACUUCCUGCAUAUCGACACACCUAGGCAUUGGAUACCCAAACGGGGUUUUAAGAGAGGAAGACG